UGUCCUCCAUUGAACUUGGUUUUCGAUAUUUAGGGCUUGAAGCAGAGGAAUCGGAAUCGCACUUUUAGCGGCUUCGCACAGAUCAUCUUCGAUUUCAGAGUUCUCAAGAUUUGCGAUCGGCGUUUUGGUUGAAGGGAAUUUCAGGUACGUAAUUGUUUAUUUCGAAAGGGAAAUGCGCGGAUAUGAUAGAGAUGAAUAUGGUCAGUCAGGCAAUGAAUAUGAGGACUAUGAGGAUGAAGAGGAUGGUGAAGAGUCUGAAGAGGAAGAUCCAAAGCCUACCAAGGAAGCAUUGAAAUACCUUGAGUUUAGAGAACGCAUCAAAGAACAAGUACGAAAGAAGCUGAAGAAGGAGGAAACUGGUUCUUCUUUGGCCAACUCCAGUGAUAAAAAGAAGAAGCUCCCCAAUGACAAUUUUGGAUCUUUCUUUGGCCCAUCUCAACCAGUUAUUGCUGAGAGAGUGAUUCAAGAAAGAAAGUCGUUAGAAAUCCAGCACCUGACGUCUAGCGCAACCAACUCUGUCCAUAAAAAGAAGAGCUCUGGUUCAACCUCUGCUGGAUCGAAAUCUGGAUCAUAUGAUCAGAAUCCCAAAGUCAUUAAUGAGGUGCAGGCUAAGACUAAAGUACAAAAGAUUAAGGAUACGAGAGAUUACUCUUUUUUAUAUUCUGACAAUGCAGAGCCCCCUGCUUCUGCAAAGGAUCGCCCCCCUCAAAAUGCCUCUGUUCCAAAUUCUGGGGUGCGGUCUAGUCAAAUGGCGACAAGUAGUAAAUUGCCUUCAGCAAAUAAUGGUAGACAUGUACCUUCGGCAAAUAAUGGUAGACAUGUGCCUUCGGCAAAUAAUGGUAGACAUGUGCCUUCGGCAAAUAAUGGUAGAGAUGUACCUGGCCGUCGUGAUGAAAGGAAACCAGUAUCUAUGAACGGACAGAUGCAUUCUAAAGUGGGGCCCAAUAAGUUGAGUUCUUCCAGUAGACGACCUGAUGCAACAUCAAUGGGCUCUAGAAAACAGCUUGGUAGUAACAGUGGAAAUGGCCCUGGCCGGCCUCUAGAGACAAAAAGAUUGCCGUCUAAGAUGCCUGCUUCAACGACUGAGAGGAAAGCUUCUACACCAGGUCUGAAGAAUCCCAUGUCUGGUGUGCCCAGACCACCUCCUUCGAAGUUGCAGUCAUCCAUUCCAAGGCAGCAGUUGCAACAAAAAAAAGAAGUACGAGAACCUAAUAAGCCCAAAGUGUUACUGAAAGAGUCAUCAGGAUUGUCAAGACCUCAGCACGUAAACAAGCCACAAAUGCAAAGGCAAAUCUCAUCACAUUCUGUGUCUCAAGAGCGUCCUCCCAAAAAGAAGCCUAUGAGACGGCACCCUGAUGAUGAUGACCCGGAUCUGGAUUUUAGAAGUGAGAUCAGAAAAUUAUUUCGUCAACCAGAAAGAUAUGCUAGUGACGACGAUGAUAGUGAUAUGGAGGCAAACUUUGAGGAUAUUAUGAGGGAGGAGAGACGAAGUGCACUAAUCGCAAGAAAGGAGGACGAAGAGGAGGCUAGGAAGAUAGAAGAAGAAGAAAGGAGGGAACGGAUAGCGAAAUUAAAUCGCAAGCGUAAGCUCGGUCAUUAGAGUGACUGUAGGAAGGGAAGUGGAAUUCUUUUCGCCUCACUUGAAAAAAAAAAAAGUGAAUGAGAAAAAUUCUUUGGUCAAUUCAAGUCUCACCGCCGUUGAAUUUUGCUCGUUCUGAAGUGAAAUUGAUGUUAUGCGACUAAAUUAUGCUGAAGCUAUAGGGGAUUUUUCGUUGCUCAUUCAAAUGUAUUUCUUAGAAUGUAGAAUAUGUUGUGAUAUCAAUUCAACCACACGUGGGAUUGCGUAAAUUCUUCGUAGGUUUGAUUUACUUUUUAUAUUAGUGAUUUUAUUUUAUUAGGAUUUGUAUUACUUUGAGAGUAAGUGUUUUUAUCUCAUAGUUUUUUUAUAAAUAAAGGUACGGGUGCAAAGGAGAA